UUCACUCGCAAUAUGCAGAUAUGUCUUACUGCUCAAUACGGCCAAAUGACAAUGGAUUGCUUCAGUAUGGGACUAAUUCCUAUGGUGGUUUUGCCUAUAGACUUGGGUCUUUUGAAGACGAGACAAUUGUCUAUGACCCAACAAAACGUUUCAUCACAGAACACAACUUGUCACUUUUCUGGAGACGACCAGGCCUCUACCCUCGCCCAGGCGGAUUCAUGCCUCUUCCAAUCUCAUGGCCCUCAAAUCAAAAUGGAUUGCGCAAUAGACCACCAGGUCAAAUUCGUGCAGAUUGCCCACCUCUCAGGCAUAGAGGAAGAAAUUUGUUGGCUGGUCAAAAUGUUGAGGAUGACGAAGAGGGAAUCCGUAUUUGGUCUAUUAAUGAUAAUUCUGACCACAAACAACUUGUGCAAUUUAAUCUCAAAAUUGAACAACAAUCAAGACAAAGAAGAAAACCUUUACUUGUUAAACCAAACGAGGAGUUCCCUUUUAUUUCAAUGGAUUUACCUAACGAAGUCUUACAACUACUUGCUUUUGAGGGUGGCGAAGGAAAAGUAUUUGCGCGUACAAAAAGAUCGUUGGAAUUGGCUAGUCCUUUUGAGAAAUCACUUUCAACUUUAUUCAAGUCUUUUGUUCACUCCUUUACACAAAUUCCUUAUAUGAACGAUGAAAUUGCUGUAGUGGAUAGCAGAGGAAUACUUUAUUGGGGAAAUAUUAACAACAACAAUUCUACAUCUUUUGCUCGUUUGAAAAAUCCUGAACCAAUUUUGGAAAUUUGUCCAACUGACUGUCCUCGAAUUUUAAUGUCCUUAACUGAACAACAAUUAAAAGAAGUUGAUCUUCGUGAACCUAUUUCAUGUACUGGCCGUCUACUUUUUGAUCAUUCAAUAUUUUCUCAACUAGAAACUAAAGGACCAUUCAGCAGAAAUUUAACAGAACAUUUGAAUGCAAGAAAUCGUUUAUGGCAUAUUAACCAAAUUGAUACAAAAUUGGAAUGUUUUUUACUAACAACAACCAGACAACAUAUUUUAAUUGAUCGAAGAAUGCCUAAUAUUUCACUUUUAACAAUGGAUCAUGCAGAUAUUGAAGGUGGUGAUUAUUGCUUUACGACUCCUCAAUUUGUUGAUCCAAUUACUGACAGCAGAAUUUACUCAUUUUAUUCUUUAAUUCACAUCAAAAAGCCUGCUCUUUCACAAUGUUCUUUUGCUUUUCAUCCUAACGAGUGCCUUUGGUCUUCAUUAUGCUCCAAAAGUAAUUUGGAUUCUCCUAAAGAAGUUUUUGCUCGUUCUAUUGAUAAUGAAUCUUUUGAUUUUGAUGUAUCUCAACUUCCAUCAAUUACAAGAGCAGUUCAUUUUCAACCUCUUAUUUCAAAUUUGUCAAUUUCUUCACGUCGAGCUUUAUUUUUUCGGCAAAUGGAAGGUGGCAAAAUUUUAUACGAAAAUGUCUUUUUUGAUCCUUUACCAAAAUUAAAGCAAGAUGAAGAAUUUGAUAUAUUAUGUGAGGAAAAUGGAAAUUAUGAUGGAUCUUUUACACAAAAACCAAUUUCAAUCUCUUCAAUCAAUAAAAAUUGUUUUGAAUUUAUUUCAAAUAUUCAGGAUGAAAAUAAAUUCUUUAAUGAUGUUGAUGAACAAUUAAUUGCUGGCAAUGAAAUUGAGUUAUUGGAUGCAUCUACUUUAAUAACAAAUGAUGAACAACAACAUCUAAAUUUAUCUGAAUAUUUUCCUCUUGAAGAAUUUGAUGAACCUUUAUCUGGUUACCAAAUUUUCGAUGAGCCAGAAGUUACUGUUCAAUGCGAUUUUGCGUUUAUGGAAACUAGUUCGACUGAUGAAAAAAAUAUGUUUUCUUCACAUAUUGAUAAAAUUUGGACAAAAACCUUCACUUCUUCAAAAAAUCAACAAAAUCAACCAAUUUUUGACAAAAACGAUGAAGAUACAAAAAUAAUAAAUUUAAAUGGAAGUAUGGAAAAUGAAGUAGAAAAUUUCACUGCAACAAAAUUGGAAGAAUUAAAAUUAGAAGUGAGAGCAAGAAAAAGAAUAAGGAAAGAAAUUGAAGAAGAAAAAGAAAUGACAAGGAAAAAAAUUGUAAAAGAAGUGCCUGAAGGAGAAGAAGAAGAAAGAGAAGAACAACCAACAAUGCCAAAAUGGAUGAUGGAGACUUCAAUGAAGAGUCAAAAUGAAGAGCAAGAAGGAGACGUGGAUGAAUAUGAUUUUGAGGUGAAUUUAGAAUAA